UCGUGGGCGCAGCGGACUACUCGUCAACUGUCAAAAGUUCAGUGACAUUUAUUUAUGUAUAUACUUUAUCGUGCUCUCACGACAGGUGUGCUUAGAACAAACAAACAAACAAGUGUUCAUUUUUGGAUUUUUGAUUAAGCAAUGAUAUACUGAGAGUUUGAUUAAAAAAAAUGAGAACUGGAUUCACGAUGCAAAGAACGAUAUUUGGACUAUUGGUUAUAGUGUUUCUGGCAUCUGACGUACUAUCAAAAUCAAGGAGAUUCUCAAAAAUACAAACGGAUGCGCUGUCCAAGACGAGGUGUGAUUUGAUGUGCAUUGACGUCAGCAAGGAAAAUAGAACACAAUGCCGCUCACAAUGCCGGAUGCAAGAGCAAAAGCCGGGGACGUGCCCCGGUUACGACAUCCCGCAGUGGCAAGCCGCUUGUGUAGAGGCCUGCAACUUGGACUACCAGUGCGACGGCACCCAGCGCUGCUGCCACCACGGAUGUGGCUCUACCUGCAGCGAACCCGUAGACCUACUGACCUUGCCAGGACUCCCAGCAUUACCAGUCAUAGAAGAAGUCAAGGAGAAGCGGAAAUCAAUCCUCAUCAGAUGGUCUGAUGGAGUCGGAGAUCUGGCCCGCGCAGUACCCGGCAGGAUUAUGUACCUGCUUGAGGAACAACAUCAUCUCGGACCGAAGUACGAGGAGGCGAGGCUUGCAGAAUGGAAUCUACUAUUAAGAACCAAUAAAACGAAAAUUUCUCUCCGCAACUUGCUGAAACCAGGCCGCUGGUACCGCUUCAGGGUAGCCGCUGUCAGCUCGACCGGCAGCAGAGGUUUCUCAUCUCCUAGCGCACCCUUCACCCCCAGGAAGGGGCCCAGAGCGCCUCCACCGCCCAAACGGUUGAGGAUACACCCGGUGCGAACUGAAAACGGUACAGUAACGGUUCGUCUAGAAUGGAAGGAACCCAACUCGGACUUGCCGGUAAAUAGAUACAAAGUGUUCUGGAGCCGUCGCGUUCGGGGCGUGACGGGUGAUCUAGAUUCAGUUCUAGUAAACCAUCAGACAGUUCCUAAGGACAAAACAUACGCUGAAAUAAAAGAGCUAAAACCUAACUCAAUGUAUUUCUUCCAAAUACAAACGAUCAGUCAAUUUGGCACCGGCAAGCUUCGAAGUGAUAAAGCGGCUGUAUUUUACAACACCACAAGCACCCACGAUUUUGCGCCACAGUCACUUAAUAAACAGGAUAAAAGGGUUGUCAAAGGCCUUAAGUUGCACAAGGUUAUUUGGCAAAAUGGAAAAUUGAAGGCUAGAAUAUCCUGGAACCCAAUAUCUACUAGCGGCAUUAGAAGAUAUGUUGUACAGUGGCGAACGGAAAAAUGUGAAAAUCCACAACACGAACAUAAAAUUCUUUCGGCAACCACUGAGCAAACCACUUUCGAAAUCUACGAAUUGGAUUAUGAUUGCACUUACAAAGUGAAUGUAAACAAAUCACGGAAAAGUCUAUCUCCUGACUCGGAAAUCAUCGUUAAUGUUCCUGGGUGUGACUAUUUUCAACGACGGAUGAAUGGCACAACAAUAAACUGUGAAACUUGAAUUAUUCCAUAUGGUUAAUUU